AUGAGAAGGCGCAAGAGUCCUGGUCCCCACCAACCAGCAUCCCAAGUGACCAGUGCUGGGCCUGGGACAGGGACUACUGUGUCCUUGGCUGCCUCCUCUCCUGCCACCCUCACCCUGUUCAACCCACAGAGGCCCCCAGCAGAAGUUGGUGUGACCUUUGAGGAUAUUGCUGUGCGCUUCUCUAAGAAGGAAUGGUGCCUCCUUGAUGAGGCUCAGAGACACCUGUUCCUGGAAGUGAUGCUGGAGAACUUUGAACUCAUAUCCUCUCUAGGUUGCUGCUGUGGAGCAGAGGAUGUGGAGGCAUCUACUGAACAGCAUGUUUCUGUGAGAGUGUCACAGGCAAAGAACCCCAAUGUAGCUUUGUCCUCCCAGAAGAGCCACCCCUGUGAGAGUUGUGGGCCUGUCCUGAGAGACAUUUUCCACUUGGUUGAGCAGCAGGGAACACAACACAGCCUGAAGCUGUUGAGGUGUGGGGCAUGUGCAAAGCAGUUUCAUUUCAGCAAGAAAGCCAUUGGCUGCAACCAGAUGCUUGCUCAGGGUCAUAGUGUCCGUAAUGGAAUACGGUGUUUUAUGUGCCGUGAAUGUGAGAAAUCUUUUACAAAAAUCUCUGACCUCCGUUAUCAUCAAAAAUUGCACAUAGGAGAAAGUCCAUAUGAGUGCAGUGAAUGUGGGAAAUGCUAUAAACAACUCUCCAUACUUACUCAACACCAACGAGUUCAUUCUAAAGAAAAGAGUCAUGAGUGUGGCGAAUGUGGGAAAUUAUUUAGCCAAAGGGGAGGCCUUGUGCAACACCAGAGAGUUCACACUGGAGAAAAGCCAUAUAAAUGUGAUGAGUGUGGGAAAUCCUUUAGUCAAACUUCAAGCCUUGUUCAACACCAGAGAGUUCACACUGGAGAAAAGCCGUAUGAGUGUGUUGAAUGUGGGAAAUAUUUUACAAGAAUCUCAAGCCUUUAUUGUCAUCAGAGACUUCAGAGUGGAGAAAGGCCUUAUAACUGCAGUGAAUGUGGGAAAUCUUUUGUCAAGAAAUGUAGCUUGAGAUAUCAUCAGAAAUGUCACACUGGAGAAAAACAUGUAUGCAAUCAUUGUGGGAAAUCUUUUACCUCUAGCAAAUGCCUCCGUUAUCAUCAGAGACUUCACACUGGAGAAAGGCCUUAUAAGUGCAGUGAAUGUGGGAAAUCCUUUGUCAGGAAAUAUAACUUGAGUAAUCAUCAGAAAUGUCACACUGGAGAAAAACAUGAAUGCAGUCAUUGUGGGAAAUCUUUUACCACUAGUAAUGGCCUCCGUUAUCAUCAGAGACUUCACACUAGGGAAAGGCCUUAUGAGUGCAGUCAUUGUGGGAAAUCUUUUACCUAUAGGAGUAGACUCUUUUGUCAUCAGCGAAUUCACACUGGAGAAAGGCCUUAUGAAUGCAGUCAUUGUGGGAAAUCUUUUACCACUAGUGAAGGCCUCUGUUGUCAUCAGAGACUUCACACUGGAGAAAGACCUUAUGAGUGCAGUCAGUGUGGGAAAUAUUUUCCCUAUAAGAGUAGCCUCCGUCGUCAUCAGCGAAUUCAUACUGGAGAAAGGCCUUAUGAAUGCAGUCAGUGUGGGAAAUCUUUUACUACUAGUGAUGGCCUCUGUUGUCAUCAGAGACUUCACACUGGAGAAAGACCUUAUGAGUGCAGUCAGUGUGGGAAAUGUUUUCCCUAUAAGAGUAGCCUCUGUCGUCAUCAGCGAAUUCACACUGGAGAAAGGCCUUAUGAAUGCAAUCAUUGUGGGAAAUCUUUUACCACUAGCGAUGGCCUUCGUUCUCAUCAGAGACUUCACACUGGAGAAAGGCCUUAUGAGUGCAGUCACUGUGGGAAAGCUUUUACCACUAGGAAAGGUCUCUGUUAUCAUCAGAGACUUCACACUGGAGAAAGACCUUAUGAAUGCAGAGAAUGUGGGAAAUCGUUUGCUGUGAACAAACACUUGCAUCAUCAUCAGAGAGUUCAUAUGAGAAAGGCCUCAGGAUUGCAGUGA